AUGGCGUUCCUGGCACGCAUUUUCCGCCGGGGAAAUCACUUUGUUACCCUGAAACAAUACGAAAACGUCCAAGUGGCUCGUGGCAAUCCUCAAGAUCUUGUACAGAAGGUGACUGUAGCCGAAGGAGGCAAUUGUUUCGUAGCCUGGCAUCCGAAGCCGGAGUUUCCGUACGAGUUCAGCAAACCGAUUGAUGUAGCUGUACCGGAACCGAGCGUACACCUGGUCCGAGAUGACAUAAUCAACAGCAGCCGAGGAGCCUUGAAAGCUAAACAUCCCGAAUUUGUGCGUCAAGAAUUGAGCAAAGUAACAUUUACGACAAAACACCGGUGGUUCCCAAGAGCACGUGAUAAGCGAGCGAAAAAGACACCGAUGGAUCGUCCAUACCUGUAG